GGCGAGCACACGAGGGAAGGGGGAAGUGGGAGAGGAACUGCCCCAGUUCAAUCGAGGCUUCAGAGCGGUCGCAUUGCACAAUGGACGCAUUUAUUUUGUGACAUCGCGAGCGGAGCCUUCAGCGCGACCAUCGCACAGAGCAGCGCCGGCGCCAGGACCAGCAACGCCCGCAAAGCGGCAAGUAUCGUGUGGAUCGCCUCUGCUCUGUCCGCCUCUGUUUGCACGGCCGUGUUCUUGAUCGAUGCGGGAAGCGCGGUAGAGCGGAAGGGUCUGCAGAGUUCCCUUCACCAGUACUGUAACAGUGGGAAAGAGAUUCAUUUGAGAGGAUGAGUGAAUUAGAACAGUUACGGCAGGAGGCAGAACAACUCCAGAAUCAAAUCCGAGAUGCAAGAAAAGCAUGUAGCGACACAACUCUUGCUCAGAUCACCACAAGUCUUGACUCAGUGGGUCGAAUCCAGAUGCGUACAAGACGUACCCUGAGAGGCCAUUUAGCUAAAAUUUAUGCCAUGCACUGGGGAUCCGAUUCAAGGCUACUGGUGAGCGCUUCUCAAGAUGGAAAAUUAAUUAUUUGGGAUAGUUAUACAACAAAUAAGAUGCAUGCCAUUCCUUUGAGAUCUUCCUGGGUGAUGACCUGCGCGUACGCCCCGUCCGGCAACUACGUGGCAUGUGGUGGAUUGGACAACAUCUGCUCUAUUUACAACCUGAAGACCAGAGAGGGCAACGUGCGAGUGAGCAGAGAGCUACCCGGCCACACUGGGUACUUGUCCUGUUGUCGCUUUCUAGAUGACAACCAAAUAGUCACAAGCUCAGGAGAUACUACCUGUGCUUUGUGGGAUAUUGAAACUGGUCAACAGACUACUGCUUUUACUGGGCAUACUGGAGAUGUGAUGAGUCUUUCUCUAAGUCCAGACAUGAGCACUUUUGUUUCGGGUGCCUGUGAUGCCUCAUCCAAGCUCUGGGAUAUUCGAGAUGGAAUGUGCAGGCAGUCUUUCACAGGGCAUGUGUCUGACAUCAAUGCUGUGUGUUUCUUCCCCAACGGCCACGCCUUUGCCACUGGCUCUGAUGAUGCCACUUGCCGGCUGUUUGAUUUGCGAGCAGACCAGGAGCUCAUGAUGUACUCUCAUGACAACAUCAUCUGUGGAAUUACAUCAGUCGCCUUCUCAAAGAGCGGCCGCCUCUUGUUGGCAGGCUAUGACGACUUCAACUGCAACGUCUGGGACAUGCUGAAGGGAGAACGAGCAGGUGUUCUUGCUGGCCAUGACAACCGAGUCAGUUGCUUAGGAGUCACUGAUGAUGGCAUGGCUGUCGCGACAGGAUCUUGGGACAGUUUUCUCAGAAUUUGGAAUUAAUCUGGCAGCCCAAUGGCAUAGACAGACACGCACACCUUCUCCACUGAGAUCUGGAGAGAUCAAUGCUGCAGCCUAUUGCUGUGAAAUAACAUUUCUACCUUGUAUUUACAGGUGAAGUUUUUCUACUCACUGAUAAUUGCAUAAAUAGGCUUUCUGUAAAUGAAGUUGAAAACAUAAUUCAAGUGAAGAAGUGGCAGGUGGGAGAAAUCCGUGACUCUUUUUUCUCAAAGAAAAAAAGGGGGAGUGGGGCAGCAUGUGUUCCUGGCGACUUGCGCUAAAAGAGAGUCCGUCUUGUGUUUUGAGGUUUGGCUAAAUUGCCCUGGAGGGAUUCCUGCUUGUGCCCAAUCCUGCUAAUCCUGUACCCCUUUUUGUACAUACCGGAAUAUACACAUAGCAGCCAAUCAUGUAACAUUUUGUCUGUAAGUAAAGAAAUAAUGUUUGCAUUUUUUUAAGGAACUGCAUUUAUAUAGCUCUACAUUUAACCUGAGAUGUGUCUCCUCCUCCGCCUGAAUUCUGCAGCGAUUCAAUUAGAUUGCUGUUCUAAAGAUGUGGGUUGUUUUCUUUUUCUUUUUUGGUGAAUUUUCUGUAGAUAAAGUGUGAAGUCAAUGAGCUGUUUGUGGUUUUUAUAACCAAAGGUGUUUUGAAUUACUGCUCGAUCUGUUGUGUGUAUGUGUGUAUGUUUAAAAGGAAAAGGAAAAAAAGGCCCCAAUUACUCCUUGUGACACCUAGAGCCUUACUUGCUCGUUGACCUGUUUGUUUAAAUGUGAGGUUUGAUCCCUUAACGCUGGUGGUUCCUGAUGAAUCCAUUGGCAGCCAGGGACUCCAAGCACUAAGGGGUUAAAUAGGUCUUCAGAAGCAUCCUUCAAAAGUAAUCAAGAGUGGAGAAUUUUUGGUGCCGAGAUUAUGAGCUUCCUUUCAGCAGCCUCUAAAGUGAAUUGACUUGGCCUGCAAGUGGAGGGGACCAUGACUGCUGUUGCUAAAUGGCUGAGCUGUGAGUGAUGGAUUAAUUUAAAUGAGAUAAUUAUAUACAGGAAGUUUCUGGUCUGCUAUAAAACUAUUGGCCUGCCCUGUUUUGGUUAAGAUGGAUUUUAGAUAUUCAGUAUACUCUUUGUGGAACUGUCUGGCCUCUGAGUGCACAGUCCAUUUGAAUACACUUCCCCCUCUCAAGAAUUAACAUUCCUCUGCAUGUGUGGAGGUUUCAUCUGUCAAGAAGAGAACUUCUCCCGGACAUACUGGAUUUGCACAUGCAGAGGAAUGUUUCAAGUAGGGAUGCAUUCAAAUAUACAGUCCUCCCAGCCUGGGGAUUCUGGGGUAGUUCAGUCUUCUGAGGGCUGGGUCACAUGCCACAUUCACAUUCGAAUUGGCGCGUAGACCCUUAGUCUCGUCAUUGGCUGCUACUCCAGGAUGUAUUGCAAGUUCAUGCAGAGUGGCACGGUGAGUUACCCAGACAUUCCAUAGCAGCAUCGGGUGGCAUGUGUGUCGGCAAAACUGUAGGACAUGGCAGUGUUAGCUAGGGAAUCCUGCGUUUCUUUAGAAUUUUGUAUCUGGAUUGUAAGACCCUGAUCCAUUCGUCGCUGUAUCCUCGGCCUUUUGUUAGGAGUUAUAGAAGAGCAUUGCAGUGAGAGAGCCAGUACAUUUUAAAUUCCCAGCCUCUUAAAAGGAAGUUCAUCCAGCGGCAGCUCCUAAGAACUGUCCACAGAAGAAUGGCAAGGGGGUUGGUCGGUCAGAAACAGCUCUUUUUUUAAAAAAAUAAAUAAAUACAAGCUACUGAUAAAUUUUUGGUGCUGGUAAAAAUGUCCCUCUGCUUGUAGCAAAUACUUAGUAAAUCUGGUUCUUAUGGAAAUAUUUGGGGAAUGGGUUUGGAUCCGGUCCUUAGUGAGUAUGCAUCAGUGGGAAGACCGCUGCUGAAAGUUAAAGAGGUGAUAUAUACCCCCUUACCAAAGUGUUAAGCUGUAGUUAAAAUAUCCCUGGGAAGUACCUACAACAAUAUUAGCACAGAUUUGUUGCUGAGCCAUCUGUUUUGUCAAGUUUCAACUGAAUUUUUGUUCCUAAUUCCAGCCUUUCCAGUUUGUCUGUGUUUUGCAGUAGUAAAGGUGCCAGUUUGUGUGCCAAGCUCAGUUGAUUUAGUGCUGUAGCUGCUAAAAGGAAUCUAGCACAUGUUGAUGUGUGAAGAAGCACAUUCCUGCACAAAUGGCUUUUACAUACGCAAGGCCAAAAUUGCAAGCACCUAGUCAUACUCUUCUCCUUUUGCAUUAAGUCCAGGUUCGGUAUUGAUGUUAUCUGGUUCUGAGGAUGUGGCGACCAGGCAUUUAUUGUCUUUGCUUUGUUCUUUGUGCCCCCCAGAGCUGCAUUCUGAACUUGGUAGGAAGUCCUUCAUAUGGGGGGUGGGGGUGGCAUUUUGGUCUCCUUUGUAAAAACAUACACACUCCUUUUGAAAUAACCUUAAGGUUGCCAUACACCUGUAGGAAGAAUGUGACUUUUCAACAUAAACAUAAUAUAGUUCCAGUUUGCUAGCUACACAAUAGCAGCAGAAGAACUGUGAAGGCAAGAAUAGAUGUUCUUGUAAACUGAACCUUAUGCAGCCUUCAGGGGCUUUUUUAAUGUGCCAUUCGUAUCACAGAUGCUUUGUGCCAUUUGAAAGCUAACAUUGCACAUCCAUGUACAUAAGAACAGCCCUGCUGGAUCAGGCCCAAGGCCCAUCUCGUCCAGCAUCCUAUUUCACACAGUGGCCCACCAGAUGUCUCUGGGAAGUCCACAAACAGGAGAUGAAGGCAUGUCCUCUUUCUGCUGUUGCUCCCCUGCACCUUGUAUUUGGAGGAAUCUACCUGUAGGUAGUCUAUAGCCAUCAAGACUAGUAGCCAUUGAUAGCCCUGUCCUCUAUGAAAUUAUCUAAGCCCCUUUUGAAACCAGCUAGGCUCGUGGCCAUCUCCACAUCCCAUGGCAGAGAGUUCCACAGUUUAAUUAUGUGCUGUGUGAAAAAGUACUUCCUUUUGUCUAUCCUAAAUUUCCUGGCAGUUGGUUUCAUGGGAACGACCCCUGGUGUUGUGAGAGAGGGAAAAGUGUUGUGAGAGAGGGAAAAAUGUUUUUCUCUCUAUCCACUCCACGCAUAAUUGUCUACAUAGACCUCUUAUCAUGUCUCCCCUUAGUUGCCUUUUUUCUAAACUAAAAAGGCCCAGUCAGAUGUUGUAGCCCUGCCUCAUCAGGAAGGUGCUUUAGGUCCCUGAUCAUCUUGGUUGUCAUCUUCUGCACCUUUUCCAGUUCUAUAAUGUCCUUUUUGAGAUACAGUCACCAACAUAUGUUGGCUUCCACAUCUUGUGGGCUGAGUACAUGUGGAAAAUGUUUCGCUCAACAGAUCAUUCUGGCAGCUUGCUCAUAGAUGAGCCUGUAAAGGAUGGCUUGCUUGUCCUCCUAGGAUUGUCCAAAUCAUGAGGACUAACUCUUCCACUGAUAACUUUUAAUCUGAGAGAGUAACUCUGAGUUGAUUUGGAGGGCCAUUUCAAACGACUGCUUGCAAGUCUGUAAGUGGGGGGAAAUGCCAGGGAUAUGUCGGGAACUGAACGAACAUGCUCCUGGCUGGUGUGAUGUCUGAAUCCGCCCAAGUCUAGUUAUCGCACUCUGCCCGACAUUCUCUGCCCAACUUCAGAUCUUGGUUACGGAAGUCAGGUGGUGUUUUGGAGCAUGUCGGGAAGGAAUCCUGGGGACUGAACUUGGGCAGGUUCAGACGUCAUGCCUGCCAGGAGUGUAAGCUUUCGGUUCCCAGCAUUCCCCCCACUUAGACCUCCUGGUGGUCAUUUGAAGUCACCCAGAGUGACUCUGUGGAGAUAAAUGGUUACAUAUGAAACAUUGGUUUUGAGAAGGUUGAACUGAAAAUCAAGUGCAGCUGUUUCAUGUUGUAGAUUCCCAAGGCACACUGCUAUUACUGAUUGAGUGAGAUUGUGUGUUUGUCUACACAUUCCACACAGCUAUAGACAACUGUGUACUUGUGGCAUAUUGAUUUUGCAUGUCUGUAGUCUUUGGCCUUGUUGCACAGAAUGCACACCAGCGGCAACUUGCUGCUUGCUUUAUUGUGAGCAGGACAGCUAUCGGAAAGAUAGGUCUAGCUACCUAGUAAUCCUGAUGCAGGAAGAUUCAAGGACACCCAAGCCACACAGUUAACUUGAAAAAACCACAUUCCCUUUUCACUUGUCAGAUGUGUGAUUUGAGAAGUGCCAGUGUCUGACAUUCUCCCUUGGCAGCUUCAUUUACUCGUUUGAACCUAGAACUUAGAUACUAGAAGGAUGUGCCUCCACAAUUGUACCGACUUUUGGAAUAAACCUGAGCUGUUUCCCAGUAUCGUAAUUUCUCUCUUCCUCUGAAAAUUUUAUUAUUCUUGAGUUGGGCUGUAUGUUAACAAACAUAGCUUGUUUUCUGCCCAGGGCCAGAUUGUUGAAUACAGCUUGCCACACGUUGACGCCUUUGUGAGUUUUCCUGCUGGCAGCUCUAAGUGACGUGAAAGUUGUCACCACUAGUGAUGGCGGUAGGGAAACCUGUCACUGAGCCUGUGCAGGGAAACUCGCUACUUGAUGGCCUUAACUCAUUGGGUGAGUUUUAUACUAAAAGAUACAAGGGGGGCGGGGCUCACCAUAUGGAUGCUAAUCAUUGUGGCGAGUGUAAGGUGCAGACUAGAUCAUUUAUUUAAAAUACAUCACAACUGUCUGCAUUACAAUGCCUACUUUGGUAACUUGAGGCCAUGUGUUCUGAAACCAAAACACCAUGUAAUUGGCACUCUUAUUUUUAGUAUAGAGGGAUAAGUUCCAAAGAGGAAACAAAAUGCAGCAUGUUCUGAAGUAUCUCUCUCAGUUGCAACAUGGUCAGUUACACCCUGAUUUCCAAAGUGGGACUGAGCUAGGAUUGGGCGAGUUGCGAUUUGGAGAGUCUGUUGAAACAGUUUGCAGAGGUUUUCAUCACAAUGUCACACACAAAAAAGCUGAAAAUAGUUUUUGAAAAUUGGCUCCCCUCCAUCUUACCAGAAAAGUCUGCCUAGCAGAACAGUUUAUAUGAGUAUCCCAGGCCAAGUCAGAAAAGGAGUUUGAACAAUCUUUUCUCCAAGGAAAGGGAUUGUCUCUGACUUGGCAAAGCAUCUCUUCCUAACAUAUUUACUGUAAACGUUUGGUACUGUUUCUGAAACUUCUCCACAGCGAAGGUCUACAAUAAAAUCACAUUCCAAGAAAGAGAUGCCCCCUCCUUACCAGGGUUCGGGUUGUGUGUUUUCAUGUCAAAGUGGCUAGGUGUUGGUAGGUAAGUCCAGUUGUUGGUUUCGAGUAGUUUUGUGUAUUGAAGUGACUGGCAGCAGCAUUUCUAGUAAAAGUGAAGUCCAGAUCGGCAGUGCAUGCCCAGGGCUAUGAACAAGCAACCAUUUAACCGGUGUGAAUCAUCCUACAUGACGACUCCAGCUGCAUAGGCAGCACCUUGUUGGUGAACUUCCGUCACAUGGUAAGCUAAGCCUGCCCAGGCAGCUACUUUCCUGUGGUGGUGAGGAUAGGGCUCACCAUGUGACCAGAGUCUACAGAUCAACUUGCCUUGUGAGUGGAUCCAAAGCCCUGGACAUGCACUAGGGCUUUUUAGUGUUCUCAAAACCCUUCUCUAUUCACUUUGCAGCCGCCUCCUCUCUUGAAAAAGGUAGCCCUUAUAAAAAUAAAAAUUGCCGGGAGGGGGGCACUCCUGAGCAGUACUCAUUGUAACAUGAAGGCCUGUAGCCAGAAGGGCAAAUCGCUGACUCCUCCACAUGUGUGAGGAAGCACUUGAAGAGCAUGACCAGGGCUCCUUGGAUCCUAGCCAUGGUUAGAACUGGCAGUUGGCCAUUUCUGACCUCGGAAGCAGAGGAUCUGUUUACCCCUUCUACCUUAAUAACCUGGCAUGCGUGCUGCCCAAAUGACUUCUUCCACAUUUGAGGCGCUGCAAGCCUGUUUUUUUUCCUCCUUUAAGCCAAUUGCUAAGUGUAAAAUACAUGCACGACUGUUAAACGCGCAGUGAUGUUAUGGUGAGUAUGUGAACAGUGUUACUAAUGACUUACGAUACGAUUUUUAAAUGUGCCUGACUUCCUAGUGCCGCACAAUGUUUUGGUUUUGACUAGUAUGGGCAUCCUAGAUAUUUCAAGCAGUUUGUUCUUACAACCCAAUGGUGCUCUCCUUGGUUCCUCCUUGCUGCGACGCACCCAAACGUGUGUAUACUGCAUCAUCACGCAAAGGAACUGUGUCUUAAUUGUUUUCAGAAAUGGAUGGUCUUUCCUUUUUCUCUAACCACUUAUUCCAGUGUCUCACAUCCAGAGUGUGCGUGUGUGUGUGUUACCUUCACUUGUUGCCAGCUUCUUAUGAGGAAAAUCUUCCAAAACCAUUUCCAGGUACCAAGUGAUUCUGCACUGCCUCUUGGAUUGUGUAUUCAGAAAGUAUUAAAUCCUCUUAUUUAACCCAAUUAAACACAAACCACCCAGGGACUUGUGCCAUUUGUUCUUUAACAGUGCUGUUCUAUAAAGACUUCCCUGUGGAAAAAAAACUUGCUAUGAACUGUUUAUAGGGUUUUUUUUUCCUCCUCAUGAUUCUUUCCUUUGUAUUUGUACAGUGGUUCAGUGAAAGAUGUUGCCCUGACUUGACAUGACAUUGUAACCAAUAAACAACUGCUUUUAACUAGG